CACUGUUUGUGCUAUUCUGGGGAAGAUGGCGGAAGCUGCGGCGGUUCCCCUGCAUCGGUUCUUCUGUCAUUGUUGUAAGGGAGAAGUAAGCCCCAAGCUCCCGGAGUACAUCUGUCCCAGGUGUGAGUCUGGCUUUAUAGAGGAGGUAACAGAAGAUUCCAGUCUGCUAGAGGGUGGCGCUAACGGGACAGAUGACACAGCCACACAGUUUGCAGAGCAGCUGUGGCACCUGUUGUUUGUAGAGAGGCCUUUCACAGUGGAUGGUGACAGUCCAGACUCAGAGCCCCGGGUCCCUGGUGGAGGGGUUGGGGUAGGAGCAGGGGGGUUAGGUCUGGGGGGGCUGGGAGGGCUAGGAGGCCUGGGAGGAGGUCCUAUUGGAGGGUCAGUCCCUGCUGGGCUAGGAGGACCCCUGGGGGGUCCUCUGGGAGGGGGGGAACACUGGGGGCCCGGUCGCCCCCCUCGCCUGCACAGUCAGCGGAGGUACCGCUCCAGAGGGAGCAGCAGACCUGACCGCUCGCCUGCCGUAGAGGGGAUAGUACAACAGUUUCUGGCUGGUCUAUUUGCCAACUCUGGAGUUCCUGGCUCACCUCCCCUCUCUUGGACGGGGAUGCUACACUCUAACCCAGGGGACUAUGCUUGGGGACAGGGGGGACUGGACGCAGUCAUCACACAGUUGUUAGGUCAGUUUGAGAACACGGGCCCUCCUCCUGCAGAGAAAGAGAAGAUCUCCUCCAUUCCUACAGUCAACGUGUCUCAGGAUCAAGCAGACUGCAGUAUGGAGUGUCCGGUGUGCAAGGAGGACUUUGCAGUGGGAGAGCCCGUCAGACAGCUACCCUGCAACCACUUCUUCCACUCAGACUGUAUAGUACCCUGGCUGGAAAUGCACGAUACGUGUCCUGUGUGUAGGAAGGGGUUGAAUGGAGAAGACAGCAACACCCAGAACCCCCCAGAAUCCCCCUCUCUAAACACGGACCCCCGCACACAGGAGAGAUGGUCCUUCUGAAAUACACCUCCCCCUCAUCCCUCCAUCGCCUUAUCGCACCUCUCCUCUGACCUCCUUUUAAUCUCCAUCUCAUCCAUCCUUCAUUCCACUUUUUUGACCCUCAUCCCCCUCUUCUCUACAAACUACUGCCCACGGGAGAUGAGGACUUUCUGAAGGAUAUACCUCCUUCAUCUCUGCCUCAUUCCUCCGUGUCAUCCCUUCAUCUCUGCCUCAUUCCUCCGUGUCAUCCCUUCAUCUCUGCCUCAUUCCUCCGUGUCAUCCCUUCAUCUCACAACCAUGUUCACACACACACAGAGUACACACACAUCAUGAUUCGGUAGACCCCCACACACACAUCAUGAUCCAUUAGCUGUCCUCUGCCUCAUCAUGACCAAGCACUUGCCUUUACCUCGCUUCAAACAUCAACCCCAUCUCGUUUUUUCUACUCUUUUCUCCAUAUUCCUCUUUUUCCAUCCUUCUGAAAAGCACUGCUGUAAAACAAUGUCUCUCCCUACCUCUCUACUCCUGGGAUGCUUCUCAAUAGUCUAGAGUGGCUUCCUCUCCUCAUCAUCUGCACUGAACAUGGUGGAUGCACACCAGGAAUUUGGUUUUGCCUUUCUAGCUCUGUCACAUCAGUGCAGAAAGGAGACGAGGGGACAUCAUUUUGACGGGCCCCUCCACAAUCUACUGUCAUUCUGGUGUAUAUAUUACAAACAGAUUGCAUCGCUCUGUCAUUUUACUCCUCUGAUGACUUUUGUCUUUUGUUUCACAUUUCUAUCACUAUUUUUUUAAUGUAAAUACUUUUAGUCCAACAACUUCUGGUUUGAGAAGAGAACAACAAAGCAUAUUGAGAAUGGAGACAAAUGUGAAUCCCUGGGUAUUAGUCUGUGUAUAUUAUUAUAUGAUAACAUGUAUGAUGUAUUAAUAAUUCCAAAAAAUAUUAAAAACCAGUAACAUUGA